GUCUAGAUUAUUACUGAAUAUAAAUAUCAUCGUAAUGUUUUAUGUGAAGUUCUGAUAGUUGUUCUCUUAUAAAUGCCGCAACAUGUUUGUGUUAUUUUCUGUGCUGCUUUACACAUUUCCACAUGAGAAACAGAAAGAAUAACUUCACAUUUCUUUUUCUUUCUGUUGAUUUUUCCAACAUCUUCAACGUGAUGAAGAAAAGUUUCCAGAUACGGAAGAAAAACUCCAGAUGAAACGAGAUCUGUGUGACAAACUGCUGUAAAGAUGGAGUUUAUUAAAGAAGAGAGUGAAGACAUCAGUAUUACACAAACGUGAAGAUACUGAAGAACAAAGAGAGUUUCUUCAACGUGAUGAAGAAAAGUUUCCAGAUACGGAAGAAAAACUCCAGAUGAAACGACUGAGAUCUGUGUGACAAACUGCUGUAAAGAUGGAGUUUAUUAAAGAAGAGAGCAAAGACAUCAGUAUUACACAAACAUGUGGGAUAAAAACUGAAGAUACUGAAGAACAAAGAGACCUGAUGGAGCUGAAAGAGGAAAGUCAAGAUCUGAAUGAAGAGGAGGAGAAACAUCAGUAUCAGAUACCUGUUGAUGUCAUUACUGGUGAUCAAUCUUUUAGUGACUCACAGACUGAAGAAACAAAAUCCAAAAAAUCUUUCAUAUGCCGUCAGUGUGGAAAGAGUUUCACACAAAAAGGAAGCCUAAAUAUCCACAUGAGAAUUCACACUGGAGAGAAGCCCUUUACCUGCCAUCAAUGUGGAAAGAGUUUCAUAAAGAAAGACAACCUGAGGCAACACAUGAGAAUUCACACUGGAGAGAGGCCUUUCACAUGCCGUCAAUGUGGAAAGAGUUUCAAACAAAAAUGUAGCGCAUAUAUCCAUAAGAGAAUUCACUCUGGAGAGAAGCCUUUCACAUGCUGUCAGUGUGGAAAGAGUUUCAUAAAGAAAGCAAGCCUAAAGAGACACAUGAGAAAUCACACUGGAGAAAAGCUCUUCACAUGCCUUUACUGUGAAAAGAGUUUCACACAGAAUGGAGAUCUUAAUAUCCACAUGAGAAUUCAUACUGGAGAGAAGCCUUUCAUGUGUCAUCAUUGUGGAAAGAGUUUCACACUAAAUGGAAAUCUUAAAAUCCACAUGAGAAAUCACACUGGAGAAAAGCCCUUCACAUGCCCUCGCUGUGGAAAGAGUUUCACACAGAAUGGAAAUCUUAAACUCCACAUGAGAAAUCACACUGGAGAAAAGCCCUUCACAUGCUGUCACUGUGGAAAGAGUUUCAAACAGAAUGGAAAUCUUAAAAUCCACAUGAGAAAUCACACUGGAGAAAAGCCCUUCACAUGCUGUCACUGUGGAAAGAGUUUCACACAGAAUGGAAAUCUUAAAAUCCACAUGAGAAUUCACACUGGAGAAAAGCCCUUCACAUGCCCUCACUGUGGAGACAAUUUCAAAUUAAAAAGAGACUUUAAUUACCACAGAGGAAUUCACGUUAGAGAGAAAGGUUUUUACAUGCCCUCAGAAUCAGAACCAGAAGGAUCUUUAUUGCCAGGUUGUCUCACAGACUCAAGGAAUGUGUCUUCAGUGACAGAAGCUUCCAGUGCACCCAAACCCAAAAUAGAUUAUUCCUCUUGGUUUAGAGAAUAAAUUCUUUGACAGAAAACAUAACUUCUACACUUAAUUUUAACAUAAUGGAGUAACAAUAUUUUUAAAUUACCCAAUUAAGUAGCCUCAAAUUGUCCCUGAUGUCAUUCAUUUCAUCAGUUUUCCAUAAUAUUUAUUGUCACACUUCUGAUUUACACAAUUGUUAUGCGAGCUCGUUAACAAUAGCAUGUGUUAACAUGCUAAAUGUUAAGUAGUUAAGUAAAGAGUCAUUAAAUAAGCAAAAGCUCCACUCUUUACCACAAUGGUUACCCAACGUAACAGAAUUGGUUCUAAAUCCCAAAUUCACUGAACAUCUUUGCCUUUUCUCAUCUUGCUCAAAAACAUAAAAUAACACUUAAUUUCAAAAUGUUUACCCUCCCGAUCAAGUACCACACAAAGCAUGCUGGGAACUAUAAAUCCCCCCUACCCAGUUUCAGUUAUGUCAACAAAAAAUGUAUUUAUGAAGUACCAACACAAAUGGAUUAAGUACAACUCAAUUUAAAACAUUUAAGUAGAUUGGAUACAAUGAAAUUAAGUUCAAGAAUUGUGUUGUAUAAGCUCAUUUUAAUUAUGUAAAUUGUAGGGGGCUUGGGUAGCUCAGCAAGUGAAGAUCGCAAGAUCGAAUCCAGGACGUGCUGAAUGACCCCAGUCAGACUUCCUAAGCAACCAAUUGGCCCGGUUGCUGGGGUGGGUAGAGUCACGUUGGGUUAACCUCCUCAUGGUCACAAUAAUGUGGUUCUCGCUCUCGGUGGGGCAUGUGGUGUGUUGUGCGUGGAUGCCGCGGAGAAUAGCUUGAAGCCUCCACACGCACUAGGUCUCCACGGUAAUGCGCUCAACAAGCCACGUGAUAAGAUGCGCAGAUUGACAGUCUCGGACACAGAGGCAACUGAGAUUCGUCCUCCGCCACCAGGAUUGUGGUGAGUCACUAUGCCACCAUGAGGACAUAGAGCGAAUUGGGCAUUCCAAAUUGGGGAGAAAAUAAAAAAUAAAAAUUAUGUAAAUUGUAGAGUUUGGGUACUCAUACUCGGACUUGAGUCAGAGUCAAACUUUUAAUGGAUUUUUUUUUUAUUAUUAUUUAUUUUUUUGUCCUGUCGAGUCCAUGGCAUUUGUGAUGCACUAAAAAGAAAAAAACAAAACAGGAAUAAGGACAAUGAGAAAUAAAUGAACACAGCUCUGUCUGCAUGCAACUGUAGUUCCUGAUGUCGUAGAUGUAGCCAGAGUUUGUUUCUCCAUGUUCUACAACACACACGCACACACCACACUCAUCAGUCAACCAAUAUGCUUGAAUGGAUCGAUUACCGAGAUAGCUGAAUGGAUCGAUUACCGAGAUAGCUUGCACGAAGAAAAAAUAAGACAGAUAUGUAGCAACGUAUUAGAAACUAAACAAAGCAGUUUCACAUGGAACUUUACAACUGGUAAAAUCGCACGUGGCUACUCCUUUCGCCUUUAGUGGAAGUGUUGGUGCAGUCAAGCCGGUGCGGUUUCAUUGUGGUUAAAAUAAAGAACUUCAUUAAGCCAAGUCACCCACAAAAUAUCUCUCAAUAUUUACAGUACUAAAAACAACAUAUCACAAAAUAUAAAUACUGAAAAAUAGUAUUAAUAUUAGGCUGUUAAGUCUUUUUAAGCUUAAUGUACUGUAUACACCCAAAUAGGCAGUUAUUUCUGUAGUCUCUUGGUCCACGCAGUGUUGUCAGCUUGAACCAGAAACCCUAUCAUCUGGGUUAUCUAUAAUAGCUUAAUAAAUGAACUGUGUAACUUUUUAAAUAUUCAAAAAAAUCUUUAUUACUAAAGCAGACAGCAACUCUAAACUGAUUAAAUAAAACAGCACCUAUUUAUUAUUGAUUUACUGUAUUUUCAACUUGCUUAAAUGUGCACUCAGUAAUUUUUUCCUCAUUUAUAAAGUUGAACUCCUUAAGACAUGAAUUGUAAUUUUGCAAUAUACAUCAAUGAGCCAAAACAUUAUGACAACCUGCCUAAUAUGCUGUUGGUCCUCUGCGUGCUGCCAAAUCCGCCGAGGCAUGGACUCUACAAGACCCCUGAAGGUGUCCUGUGGUAUCUGGCACCAAGACAUUACCAGCAGAUCCUUCAAGUCCUGUAAGUUGCAAGGUGAAGCUGCCAUGGAUCGGACUUGUUGGUUCAGCACAUCCCACAGAUGCUCAAUCGGAUUGAGAUCUGGGGAAUUUGGAGACCAGGGCAACACUUUGAACUCUUCAUUAUGUUCUUCAAACCAUUCCUGUGCAGUGUGGCAGGACACAUUAUCCUGCUUAGAGACAUGCCAUCAGGAUUACCAUUGCCAUUAAGGGGUGUACCUGGUCUGCAAUGAUGUUUAGGUAUGUGGCACGUGUCAAAUUGACGUUGAAAACAGGACUCAUCGGACCAGGUGACCUUCCACUGCUCCGAGGUCCAGUCCAGUUCUUUUUAUUUUUGACAGCAGCUGCUGCGAGGUGCACACAGAGGCAUCAUUGUUUUGCGUGUAUGUGCAGCGGUGAGCGGAACUGCCCCACAUUGUGCCGUUUUCUGCUAAUUAACUAGAGACUUGCGACUGUCAUGUCCCGUGCGAAAUGACCCUUAUUAUUAUUAGAUAGGGAUAUUAAUACUAAAAUAAAUUGAAAGGACAAAUUGAAAAUGAAGUAGAAAUGAAAACUAAAUUAAAAUUCAAAACAAUAAUAACCCUGGUUGUAAUGACUAACACACCUGUUUUAUUUUCUAUCAACUUUCACUUUCUUUAGUCUAUGUUUGAGUGGAGGGGAAAAAGUGACAAAUUAUUGAAAUGUCAACAGGACGCAAUAAGAAGCGUGUUGGAGGACAGUUUUGUCUUCAUACACUUAAAGCAUUUGCUUUUGUUCUGAAACCAUUUUGAAGUUUGUUCAGCAGGAUACUAAUAAAAUAUGUAGACAUGAAAUAACUAGAGGUAUGUUUUUGUUAAAUUUAUAUUGACAUAUUUUUUCUUCGUUUUUAAUGUUACAGUUUUAUUUCAGAUUCAGUUGGACUUUGACUCAAUCCGGAUUUGGCCUGUUAUGACUCUGACUCGACUUGGACUCAAUUGGUUAUAGACUCUGACUUGACUAGGACUAAGGUAGACUCAACACUAGUAAAUUAAAUAAACAUCAAAAACUAUUUAUGUGCAGUUGUUGAACAUACUUGAUUGGUUCACAUUCACCCUACAUAAUAGAAAAGAGAAGUACAUCAUUCAAAAGCAAAGAAAACAAGUUUAGAAGAGAAACACAAUUUUUAUUGUGUACAGUUAAAGUAAAAAGUUAACAUACACUUAGGUUGAAGUCAUUAAAACUCAUUUUUUUAACCACUCCACAGGUUUAAUAUUAGCAAACUAUAGUUUUGGCAAGUCGUUUAGGACAUUUACUCUGCAUGACAUGAGUAAUUUUUCCAACAAUUGUUUACAGACAGAUUGUUUCACUUUUAAUUGACUAAAUCACAGUUCCAGUGGAUCAGAAGUUUACAUACACUAAGUUAACUGUGCCUUUAAGCAGCUUGGAAAAUUCCAGAAAAUGAUUUUAAGCCUUUAGCCAAUUAGCUUCUUAUAGGAGGUGUACUGAAUUGGAGGUGUACCUGUGGAUGUAUUUUAAGGCCUACCUUCAAACUCAGUGCCUCUUUGCUUGACAUCAUGGGAAAAUCAAAAGAAAUCAGCCAAGACCUCAGAAAUUUUUUUUGGACAUUCACAAGUCUGGUUCAUCCUUGGGAGCAAUUUUCAAACACCUGAAGGUACCACAUUCAUCUGUACAAACAAUAGUACGCAAGUACAAACAGCAUGGGACCACGCAGCCAUCAAACCGCUCAGGAAGGAGACGCAUUCCGUCUCAUAGAGAUGAACGUAGUUUGGUGUGAAAAGUGCAAAUCAAUCCCAGAACAGCAGCAAACUACCUUGUGAAGAUGCUGGAGGAAACAGGUAGACAAGUAUCUAUAUCCACAGUAAAACGAGUCCUAUAUCCACAUAACCUGAAAUGCUGCUCAGCAAGGAAGAAGCCACUGCUCCAAAAUUGCCAUAAAGCCAGACUACCGUUUGCAAGUGCACAUGGGGACAAAGAUCUUAUUUUUUGGAGAAAUGUCCUCUGGUUUAAUGAAACAAUAAUUGAACCGUUUGGCCAUAAUGACCAUCGUUAUGUUUGGAGGAAAAAGGGUGUACUUCACAAAAUAGAUGGCAUCAUGAGGAAGGAAAAUUAUGUGGAUAUAUUGAAGCAAUUAUUUAGACUCAAUAAGUGCCUGAGAAAAUACAUAUAUAGCGUAUGUGUUUACAUAUAUAUAUAUAUAUAUAUAUAUAUAUAUAUAUAUAUAUAUAUAUAUAUAUUAAAAUGUAUAUUUAUACACACACUACCGGUCAAAAGUUUUGAAACGCUUGACUGAAAUGUUUUUCAUGAUCUUAAAAAUCUUUUGAUCUGAAGGCGAAUGCUUAAAUGUUUGAAAUUAGUUUUGUAGACAAAAUAUAAUUGUGCCACCAUAUUCAUUUAUUUCAUUAUAAAACUAAAAUUUAAUAACAAAUAAAAAACAAACGUGGACCAAUUAAUAAUGAAAAGCAGCCAAUAAGUGCCCAACAUAGAUGGGAAUUCCUUCAAUACUGUUUAAAAAGAAUCUCAGGGUGAUACCUCAAGAAGUUGGUUGAGAAAAUGUCAAGUGUACAUGUAUGCAAAUUCUAGGCAAAUGGUGACUAAUCUUAAGAUGCUAAAAUAUAACACAGUUUUUUUUAUUUUGGAUUCUGUUUAUUCACAACAUAAUUCCCAUAGUUCCAUUUAUGUUAUUCCAUAGUUUUGAUGACUACUAUUAUUCUAAAAUGUGAAGAAAAAGAAUUAUAAUAAAGAAUAAGUGUUUCAAAACUUUUGUGUGACAGCCAGUUGCAUCUCAUGAAAUUUCAGUGUGAAAAUAAUGAAUCCUAUUCUUGUGAGAGGAAUAAUAUUCUGUUGUGUGUUACCAUUGAUCAAAUCAUUCUUGAUCUGAGCGACAAUGAAGCAGAUGACACUGAUCAAUGUGAAUGGUCUAAUGCAAUACAAUGACAAUUACCCUGGAUGGACAGAAAGACCAAAUUGGGAGGAAAUUGAUUCCUCCAGUGAAGAUAUGUAUGAAGAGAUGAAUGAUGUGUUACAUAUUUAAUCAUUCUUUCAUUGAUUUAAUACUCUGAUUUACUCUGAUGCAGUCUGAAACUAUGGAAAACAGCUUGGCUUGCAGUCUCUCUCUGUGUAAGGCCUUUCUGUGUCAAGGGAAAAUGAGUUGAUGUGAUACAGACAGUGAGAGACCUUGGAAACAGGAGACGGGAUGUAUGUGAUAAGCGAAUGAGUAGGGAGUUUUAAGAUAAGAAACACCUGUGGCAGUUUAACUUCUCUAGGGAGAAUUACAGACUUUCUGUGUAUGACCCAGAAAAAAAAUGUGUAUUGAUGCUAAAAGGAUGAUCUAUUGUUUUUAAUUAGAACAAAGCCAGGCUCUGCCUGGUGCCUGCCUGAAAGAGGCAGAGGACCCAUGUGCAUUAAUUAGUGCUAGAAAUGAGAUGAAAUGAAUGUAUGUGGGUGUGCACACAUUUCCCAUCUUACAAGAAUGUGUGUAUCCAAUGACUGUAAUAAGGGAAAUCAUUUAAUAUACUAAUCAAAUUAAUGCAGAAAGUUAUGAUUAUUAGUUAAUAUAAAAUAUGUAACCAUAUGAGGUGAUUACAGUAUGCUUUAUGCAUAUAAAAUAAAUAGUCAUGCUGUUGCCAUCAUUGAAGCAAGUUUGCUCAGGAUGACCAGCUGAAAGAGAGAAGGUGGAACAGAAACUGUAUAAAUGUGUAACAGCCAGCAGAGAUGUAAAUGUUAUAUGGCGAUCACAUGAAGGACACAUGAUUACUCCAACAGCACUCCUUACUAUUCUAAUCUCAGAUGCACAUGGUUUUGACCAUUGCGCAAGGGGGGAGGUGAUUACAAAAAAAAAAAAUGACAGGGAUAUUGCUCCACAAAACUGUACAAUAAAAGAAGCCCCAUUUGCAACAGCCACAAAGCCCCAGGAUGCUUUAAUACAUCUAGGGAAGGAUGCCUUUUAAAUUGUGAAAACCAAACUCUAGUUUUUCCUAGGAUAAGAACAUUUGCAGACUACUUUUGGAUCUGUGGAGGAAGACGAUUGUGGGCUACAUUACCCAAAGGUGUAACAGAGUAAGAUUAGUGAAAGAAAUAACAAUAUUAGACUGGAACCUAAAAUAAUCUGAAAACCUGGAUGAACCUAGAGAAACUGUACAGAAAAAAGAGCAUACCAGCCAGACCCUGAAGUAUACUUAGAUGCAAUCUGUCAAACAUGAGGAAUACCUCAUAAAUUUAAAGCUAGAGAUGAAGUAAAAUCAGGCUUGUAGUCUAUAUUUGUAUGGAUACCGGUUAAUAAGAAUACAGAAUGGAUUAAUUACAUUUACAACAAUCAGCAAAAAUGCAUUAAUUACACUGAUGAUGCAUUGAAGGACCUAGGAGAACAACUAGGACUUACAAGUAAAAUGGCAUGGUUGGAAAUUGGUUUGACAAACGAUUUGGAUUCUAGAAAGAAUGGCUCACUAAAGUGGGAGUAAUAAUAGCCAUAGCUGUUGUUAUUUUUGUGUUGUUUUGUUGUGUUAUGCCUCUCCUCAGAUCAAUGUUGGCCAGUGCUGCAGCCAAACAGAUGAUCAAUGUGUUUGAAAAGUCAUCUGGAAUUGACAUUAGGGCCACCAUAUACAGUGGCAUGCAAAAGUUUGGGCACCCCUGAUCAAAAUUUCUGUUGCUGUGAAUAGCUAAGAAAAAGUGCUUAUGUAGAAUAGUUUGAGCAUUAUUUUAAUCAAGGAAAAUAAGGAUGAGACUGUAAGGUUUUCGUGACCUCUGUGAAAUAAUGGUGGCAAAUAAGGAGAGUGGAGAAGCACGCUUAUUGAUUAAGAUAACAGGAGAGGUGUGCUUAUGAGGUAAUGUGUGAUAACAGAAGUGUAUAAGCAAGUAAGCUUUGAAUGAUAGGAUUAGACGAAACAGCUGGCAUCUCGGCUUUGUUGUUUUGCUCAAUAAAAUCUAACCUUUGACAUCUGGAAUUCCUGACUUCGAGAGUUUUCUUACCGAGGGGGAAAGAGACUCCAAUAUUCCACAACAAUCUCCAUUCUGUUGGCUGGUCAGCAUCACAAAUCUUUUUGACAGGAAAAAUUGGAGUCCGUACUAGAGAUGUUGGGCAUAUGGCACAACUAUGCCAGACUUUAAAAAUGAUUAAAAAACGGGACGUAUCCCUUCCUUCUCUUCCAAUUUGAGGGGGUAUUGUUCUUUGCACAGCCUAUAUGAUGAUUUAGGAGCGAUCACAACCGGUUCAACAUUUUUAAGUAGUCCCACAUCAUAUUUGCUUUCGGCCCACAAAUCACUUGGUACUUCAGCUAGCUCAGGAGGCAGUUCCCCCAGCAUGACGAAUGACGGAGAGAGUUUGUCACAUCUCCUGAACUAUCUGAACGCCCCUCGGUUUCUAUGUUAUGCUGACAGUCUGUUUUGAAACGAUCGAUCUGUACACUAUGCCACACAUUUGAGUCGCCCACUUUAGUCCAGUCAUCCGCAAAUGUACAUUGUUUCACCCAUGGGCCUAUAUUUUCUCAUUCAAGCAUUUUCCCUUUGGCCAGUGAUAUAUGUUGUCUGGCAUUGGGUACCCUAUACUGCUUCUCUUCUGCGAGGCUGGGCAGCCGAACUCCAACAGCACACUUAUCCUUAGACCAAAACAACCAGUCUGUUUUCAACCAAUGAGACCUCACUCACUUUUCAACUAACCUUUCUCAUACUGCUCGUCUGGCACAUCUGAUACAAAUGCUGUACUGUACAAUGCAAUGAAUCAAUCUCCAUAAAGUCAGUUCCUUCAUGUUUCAAGUGCAUAUAUGCCAGUUUUACAAGCUCACUUCCUACUGUGCUCUUUAUGUCAUUGUGUAGUUGCCAUUCAUAAGCAUAUAAAUGUGUGUUCAUGUUGCAUUUUGCCAUCAUGUUUUCUGGUGGGUCAACAAUUUCAUUUGGGCCCUGCUUACAGGCUGAAAUUUUCCUCAAAUCCAUAUGUCUCUGAAACGUAGUCCUUAUUCAGUCAAUGAGCCUGCACACAUAAGUCAUGUAAUCAGUGUUCAGUCCGUCAUCAUCAAAUUGCAAAUCUUCCGUAGUGAAACCUACUGACACUCUUCCCCAUUUCAAAUUCAUCUGAGUUCCAAGCAGUCACCGCAAUUCUCCUGAUGUUGGUCUGAACUGCGUAAUCAGCUGCUGCAGUUGUAUGGCAUUCUCCUCACCCCGGCUUCCUCCACAUCUGGGAGGGUUUGUGCCACUUCUUUUAUGUCUGCAGAAGUCCAUGGACGGGACACAUACUGAGUUCCACUCUCCCCAUAAGCCACUUGGAUCUGCGGCAUGUAAAUGACAUCUGUGUCGGAGAAGCUUCGAGGUGAUUUUGGUGAUGACACUAACUUUGAAAAACUGUCUUGCAGCCCACUGUACACCUUUUCCUGGCGCGUAUGCAAUGGUGAAGUCAGCUGCAGUUUCUCUGUAUAUGGUAAUCCAGUUCCUUCCUUCAUGCUUACUGUAUACGAUGGCGGUGGUGGCACUGAUGGUGAGAUGCUAGCUGAUUGGGGCUUCGUUGUCGACCCCAGGGUUGCCUCGUCUUGUGCUGCUUGAUCUGAUUGUUUGUUCUGCCGAUCUCAGCAUUGCCCAGUCAGGUCAGGAUCAUCUGAGUACUUCAGACACUGAGACAAGUUGUUAGUUUUUUCUGUCCCUGCCUGACAUUUUCUUUCCCUGAUGUUUGCUUCUGUGAGCCAGUCUGCAUAUGUUUUCCAGUCUGCCUGAAACACUACAUGCUUUUUCUGCCUCCUUUUUGACAUACCUUCAUGUUCUUCCCUACUCUUCUUUUCCUUCUCCUCUAACCUUUUUUUUAAUUGUUUCAAUUAUAGUGUGCUGACAUUUCCUGUUUUUGAAAAUCCGCAUUCAACUACUUAGACUUGUAGUUGAUCACAGCAGCAUUUGCCAUAAUUAUUUUUUUUCAUGUAUUUGCUAUUUGGAGAUCCCAGAUCUGGUUCAUCUAUUACCCUUCAUUUUCUUUUUUUUUACUAUUGUUCGAACCCAUUUUAGGCAAUGCUCUAAUGGUCCCAGACCUGUCGUAGUAACCCAUUGGUUAAAAUAAUUUUAGCAAUUAUUUAGAAUCCCGUUUAUUCCAGCCCUGAUCUUUCCUUAAUUAAAGAUUUAAAUUUCCCUAAUUAUGAAUCACAGCGGAAUUUCUGUUCUGGUCCCAGACCAGCUAUUCUGACCCUGGUCUUUCCUCAACUAAAUAACAAUUAUAAAAAUUAGCAUCUAUUGAGAAUCACAAUGGAAUUUUCUUACCAAAAAGAGAAUUGCUGCUUAAGUCUGUUUGCUGUUUCCUUAUCCUUUUACUCCGUGGAUCGUGCGUUGAUCCAACUCCGCCCUCAGGUUCCCAUGUCUUACCCUCUUUUGUGAGGGAGGUUCAGGCUACAGGGACUCUAACCUUGAUUGUGCACACUUUUCAUCCUUUGGCACUGAGCGCAUUGCCGAAUCAGCCGACAAUCCUGC